UAGGCGGGCUAAAGACGCAAAAGGCAAGAUUGGUUUUUCUUUUUUAUUCACAUGCAAAAUCUACAGGGAAGGAGGUGUCGUUGCAUUGCCUUUUUUCCACUGAUGUCUGGCAAGAGGCUUAGAAAGAGCCGUCAAGGUCUUGUUAUAGUGGAGAAGCAAAAAUGGAUGUAGGCGGCAUGUUCAGACGUGCGAAGCAAGUGCCGUUUUUAUUAAGAGAUACGUUAUCGCCGCCGCGCUAAUAACUUUUUAUUUCCUUUUGGAUCACAUAUAACGAACAGGACACCGUAUUAAAAAGGGAGUCCGGGACCAGGGAGUGUCUGCACCAUGCAGCCGAUCAACUUCCCAGACAUCCCUCUGGACAUCUACAUGGUCAUCUUUGGGACGGGCAUCUUCGUCUUCAUCCUGAGCCUCAUCUUCUGCUGCUACUUCAUAGGCAAACUUAGGCACCAGGCUCAGAGUGAGAGAUUCGGAUACAAGGAGGUUGUAUUCAAGGGAGAUACUAAGAAAUUAAAUCUACAUGGGACGUGUGCCGUUUGUCUGGAGGACUUCAGACUAAAAGAAGAGUUGGGGGUGUUGCCAUGCCAACAUGCCUUCCACAGGAAGUGUCUCGUGAAGUGGCUGGAGGUGCGCUGUGUCUGCCCCAUGUGCAACAAGCCGAUCACUGGGCCACACGAGCAGCGUCACAGCCUGGGGACCUUGCUGGACGAGCUGGUAUGAGAGGCCUUACUCCACCGAUCACCUGGGACGGUCCCGGGCAGGACUACCAAAGAAAAGACAGCAAAACGGAGAUGUCUCCCUACUUAACCCUCCUGAACUAUAAAGCCAUCCUCCUAACCCUACCUAUAUAGACCUACUCAUUAAAGGAAGAGCUGGGAUGGAUGCAACAGAGCUACAGGUUGGGUUCUCAGGCAUCUCUGCAUGGUUUCUAGCCAAUGGAUUAAAAUCCUGAUUUUGAGACUCCAGAUUACAUUUAUAUUGCUUGGGGUGGGGCAGUUCCCUCACGGCUGGAUUGUUCCAGCAGGACACACAUGUGCGCUGCACCGGACUGCAAAACAGCGUAAAUCAUGACAUUUCUCUCUUCUGCCGAGAACCUUUUUCUACAGACUUUCAAAAGCAGGCUUUUCAAAUGAGUGUUUGUUUUUUUUUUGAGCACCUUGUUUUGAAAGAGAAUAGGAAAUUGCACACAUCCGUCAACCCAUGGGAGAUCGACCGUCAUCAAAAAGCAUAGUUACUGGCAGUUUCAAAAACGGAGUGCCACUGGUGGGUGCUCUGUGGGCAGUGACGGCUGCAGGGGUGUUGGGGUAGGAAUUUAAAAAAACAGUCCUACAGAAUUUACACUGUGUGGCUUGGUCUGACAUUCCUGCUUGUGAUGUACAACAAAACUUUGACAUUCCUAUCCAGAAAUGUAAUUUUACAUCAAUAAAUGUUAUGUAUUAAAAAUACAUUUAGAAAAAAAAUAUAUAAAUAUAUAAAUUUAAAUAAACUGAAUGUAGAAUAAGGUGGUUUUUCAGUGAUAUAAAAGAUAAGGAUUCCUGCUGGUGAUACAUUUUAUAUAAUUGCAAUUCAUAAUUUCAUGUAACACUCGUGCACAGAUGUAAUGGAAAUACAAUAACAGAAAUACAAAUCUUUUUCAUUAA